AAGCAAGUGAAUCCCGUAUUAAAAUUUCAUAAAUAUCUAAUUAACUGGGCUUAAAUUUGAACAUUGCCCUUACAAAUUAACUAAAAGCCUUUUUCAAGGCCUAAAGUUUAUGAAAAAAAACUAAGCACAAUUUUAGAAAACAAUGUCGGCUUUUACUGAAGUGGCAUUUUUGAAAAAAUUGGCUGAAUUGAAUUCUAGCCAACAAAGCAUACAAACAUUAUCCUUGUGGUUAAUACAUCAUCGUAAACAUCAUGCCAGCAUUGUGAAAACAUGGUUAAAGGAAUUACAAAAUGUACCGGAGGCGAAGAAGUUAACCUUCAUGUAUCUGGCCAAUGAUGUUAUACAAAAUAGUAAAAAGAAAGGUCCCGAAUAUGGCAAAGAAUAUGCCAAUGUCUUGCCUAAAGCAUUUUCCCAUAUUGGUGAAAGUUGCAAAUCCGAUAAACUUUUCGGUAGUUUAGGACGCAUACUGAAAAUAUGGGAAGAACGUGGUGUUUAUGAGCCCAAAGCUAUUACCGAGUAUCGUAAUCGUCUUAAUAGGGAGCAUGGAAAAGUAUCGACUCCAACUGCUGCUACCUCAGCUACCAAAGAAACUGUGGAGGAGAAGCGUGAGGUGAAACGUAAACACGAUGAGCCUAAAGCAAAAUCGAAAAAAUCACGUGUCUCGCCCACCGAGGAAACCAAAUCAUCAGCCGUUGUGUCUGAGCUGAAUGGUAAUGGUGACGAAAGUCCCUACUUGCCCUUGGGUGAACCACCAGAACCAGAUGAGCUAGUCAAGGCUUUAAUAAGUAUAGAAAAUUCUGCUUCAAGUGAUGCUGUGGUAAGGGAACGCAUAGCAAAUUUACCGCCGGAAAUAUCAGAAAUUAGCUGUUUGGCUAAAUUGGAGGAUAAGGAUGCAGCCAAAAAUUUGGCUACUCAGGUCAAUGAAGCAGUUGAACUUUUAAAUGACUACAAUUCCCGUUUAUCAGCUGAAAUGGAAGAACGUACUAAGUUGACAUCAAUGUUAAGAGAUUUUCAAGCUGAACAAAAGGAAUUAUUGGUUCAAGCUGAAAAUCGUUUAGAGGAAUAUAAAAAGAAACUGCAAAAAGUGUUGGCCGUACAAAAGGAAAUACGCGACCAUCUUUCCAAUCUACCUGAUUUAACACAAUUACCCGAUGUAACUGGUGGCUUAGCACCAUUACCUUCGGCUGGUGAUUUAUUCAAUAUACAUUGAAUAAUAUAAAAGAGGAAAAUCAAAUUGCAUACACUUAUUUACGAAUUCUAUGAAUUGUGUAAACAAACAAAAAUGCAAAAAUCCCAUACAUACUUUAAACAAAAGUAAAAUAAUAUUAUUUACAUUUAAGUUAUUUUUUGGACAACAAAAAUGAAAUAGUCUUUUAAUUAUAUAUACUAUAUAUAUAUAUACCCACGAUUACUAUAUAUAUAUAAACAUUUUUAUUGUCGGAUAUGUUAAACUUCCUAUUAUCAAAAUUAUUAUGUUUUUACCCACUUUGCCGAAGUUUUUUUUUUUUGAAAAUUUUACAAAUUUAUGUAGUUUUCGUUUUUACAUAAUAUAUAAAUAAUUUCCACAAACAUGAAUAUACCGAUUUACUAGACCGUUUCUGUAACACGAAAUAAAAUUAAAACUAUAAUAUCAUCACAAAAA